AUUCCUCUCACCGUGUGUGCCCCGAACAGAGACUAAUAAUAAUAUAAUAAAUCCAUAACCAAAUUUCAAGCGCGGUUACCGUAAUGAUCUGUAGUAUUCAUUCCGAGUCGUUCUUGAAGUUUCUUUUGCGGCUUUUUCUUCCUGUAGUGUAGUUGCCACUUGCCAGUGCAAACCGGUUUUUUCGAACUACCCAGUUUUAUGCCUCGGAGGUUCCUGUGUGUUUGCGCGUAUCAGCUACAGCUCGCUGGACUAGCUGGCAGGUUAGAACAACUGCAUUCCAUCCCGUUUAUCUUGAAACAGAAAGUGUCGGAAAGUCCUGAAUGAUGCACGCGAUCCGAGCUUCCCGGCAGUUGCAGCGGAUGGCGCCGGCCCUAAACCGAGCCAAGGACUGGAAAUUUAGCAAAGACCCUCGUUUGGCCAUUUUGAAAGGUGUCGAUUUCUGGACUGAUGCGGUGGCUGUCACAAAGGGACCAAAGGGACGCAUUGUGAUUAUUGAACAAAAUUGGGGCAGUCCGAAGAUUACCAAGGACGGGGUGAUGGUGGCCAAGGCGGUAGAGUUGAAGGAAAAGUAUGAGAAUAUCGGCGCUAAACUCGUCCAAGAUGUUGCCAAUAACACCAACGACGAAUCAGGCGGAAACGCGGCACCCACUACCAUGGCUCGUUCCACUGCCGAGGAAGAAUUCGAUAAAAUCGUCAGAGGAGCCAACCCCAUAGAAAUCCGACGAGGCGUCCUUAUGGCUGUACAGACCGUAGUCGCCGAACUGAAAAAUCUCUCGCGAAAAGUCACGUCGCCUAGUGAAAUUGCUCAGGCGGACACAAUCUUAGCGAAUGGUGACAAAAAGAUUGGAGAUUUCAUUUCGAAGGCCAUGGAUCAAGUGGGGCGGGAUGGAGUUAUUACUGUCAAGGAUGUGAAGACUUUGCAAGACGAGUUGGAAAUCAUUGAAGGCCUUAAAUUUGAUCGCGGUUACAUUUCGCCUUAUAUGAUCAAUACCGCCAAUGGCAGGAAAGUGGAAUAUCAGAAUGCUUAUGUGCUGUUCAGUGAAAAGAAAAUCUCCAACAUUCAUGGUGCACGAAAGCCACUGAUCACAGUUGACGAGGAUGUUGAUGGCGAAGCCCGGAGUACCCUUGUGCUCAAUCGUUUAAAGGGCAUAAUACAAGUAUCGGCGGUUAAGGCUCCCGGCUCUGGAAACCAGCACAAAAAUAUGCUGAAGAAUAUGGCUGUCGCCACUGGCGGAACGGUGUUUGGAGACGAGGCGGAAAUGUACAAACUGGAAGACUGCAAGAUCUCGCAUCUAGGCCAAGUUGGCGAAGUAACCAUUACCAAAAACGACAGGCUCCUGUUGAAAGGACGCAGUGAAAAGAAAGCCAUUGAACGACGGGUAAAUCAGAUUAAUGAUGAAUUGGACGAUACUACCUCUGAGUAUGAGAAGGAAAAACUGAAGGAACGAUUGGCAGAAUUGUCCACUGGAGUGGCCGUGCUUAAGGCUCUCCACAAGUGUGAAACGGUGUUUAAAAAGUCUUCACCGGCUACGGAUAUGAAAGGACAAAAACGAUCGUAUUCUACUAACACAGUCAGAUUCAGCGCUGCUGAUCCUAAAAUCGUGGAGUUGUACGAGCGGCUGGUAGAGUCAGAAAGAAAAGCCAGGAAAUUCGCCGAAGAAACAGCGGUUUUCGAGAGGGAGACAGCUGCGCGGGAGAGGCUGCUACUGCAAGACCGGUUUGCAACGCAACACGCCGAACUUCUUAAAUCGAAAAAUUUAUUAAACGCGCGCGGUAUAAUUGAUGAUGCACAAAAGGAGUUGGGCAGAAACUGCGCCCAAGUACGAAACGAUGGAUCCACUAUGCGCCGAUCCGAAAAGUGGGAAUCCAUUGCCGAGAAACAUGAUCUCUUAUCGAUCAGGGUAAACGGGGAGCCUGUACUCACAAAAGAAAUGGUUUCGGGUAUUGGGAAGUCUAUCCAGUCCAUCUAUGAUGUUGCGAGUGGUCAAAUUCAUGGUUUUACAUCGGACCGUUAUUGGAUAGAUUGCUCAUUAUGGGUGAAGUUCCCCGAAGCAGUCAACAUUUUAGUAGCCCUGUGUGUUAAAAUUGACUUGAAAUUCGCGAUCUUCGACAAAGGUGAUAUUUAUAUGUCCUAUUUUGCUCGUGGUGAUAAUGGCGCACCUGUUGUAGUAACCCGAAAAUUGUUAAAUUAUGGAGAAUUAUUUUUGUGAAUAAACAAGAACUCGUGG